CCGGCGGUUCGCGCUUGCGCCGCCGCUGCCAAGCGGGCUCCCGGCUGCCCCGGCCUCGCCAUGUCCGCUCCUUCCUCCUCCUCCUCCACCACCGCCGCGCUGCGGCCGGUCACUCACCUGAUCUUUGACAUGGACGGGCUCCUACUGGAUACUGAGCGUCUGUAUACAGUAGUGUUUGAAGACAUCUGCGGGCGUUUUGGAAAAGCAUAUACCUGGGAUGUGAAAGCCUUGGUCAUGGGUAAAAAAGCCCUAGAAGGGGCAGAGAUUAUUCGAGAUGUUCUGGAUCUUCCAAUAACCAAAGAAGAGUUACUACAUGAAAGUAAAAUGAAGCAGGAGAAGUUAUUCCCUACUGCUGAACUAAUGCCAGGUGUUGAUAAGCUGAUCCGUCAUUUACACAAACACAACAUACCCAUAGCUGUUGCCACCAGUUCAGCUGAAGCAACGUUUCAUAUGAAAACAGCCAGACACAAAGACUUUUUUGGUCUUUUUCAUCAUAUUGUCUUGGGAGAUGACCCCGAGGUCAAGUGUGGCAAGCCAAAGCCUGAUGCAUUUCUAGUUUGUGCAAAGAGGUUUCACCCUCCUCCAUCUCCAGAGAAGUGUCUUGUGUUUGAAGAUUCACCACUUGGAGUUAAAGGAGCCCUGGCAGCAGGAAUGCAAGUGGUUAUGAUUCCAGAUGAAAAAUUAAAUCCAGAUCUUAAAAAGGAGGCAACAUUACUGCUGAAGUCCAUGGAGGAUUUCAAACCAGAACUGUUUGGUUUACCAGCAUAUGAUUAAUGUCUAUGAACAUGCAUUUGACUAGAGAGCAGGAAAAUAGAAUGAAAUUUUGUUAUGGUUUAUGAUUCUUUUCCAUCUUUUCCUCAAAAUCAAAGCACAAAAAUCCUUUUAUCACUAAGUGUUGCACACAGUACCUUUGAAAGCUGCCUGGAAUGUUUAUGAUUUGUCCUUGUGAUAAAUGCUAAAUUAAAGCAUCUUUUCAUCUUA